UGCGUGUGUGUGCGUGUUUUAGUGUGGGAUGGAUUGUGACACGUAUGUUGGUCCGUCUCGUUGAAGCCACUCGUCCCGGCAGGACAUCUCCACCUGGGGCCGGACAACUUUGAGAAGCCCUUCCUGCUUAGCAACAUGGAGGCGAGAGACGCGACGGCAGGUGCUCUCCUGGGCAAUGACGGAGAGCAAAAAGCUGCAAAGAAAACUCCCCCCGCUAAGAAAGUACAUCCACCUAAAAGUAAGAUGGAGCAACUCUUUGGCUUCAAGAAGGAAGAUGUGACGUCAUGGCGCAGCCUGGUGACCCUCCUGAACCGCCCCACAGACCCUGCAUCCCUGGGCAUCUUUCGCUGCAUGUUUGGCUUGCUGAUGGCCAUCGACAUCACACAGGAGCGUGGCCUGAGUCACGUGGACUACAAGUACCUGGACGGCGCCCCCGUGUGCCGCUUCCCGCUCUUCAACUUCCUCAAGCCGCUGCCCAUGGACUGGAUGUACAUGGUCUAUCUGGUGAUGUUCAUCGGCUCAUUGGGCAUGAUGCUGGGCUGCUUGUACCGCCUUUCCUGCCUGAUGUUCGUGUCCACAUACUGGUACGUCUUUUUCCUGGACAAGACGGCGUGGAAUAACCACUCCUACCUCUACGGCCUCAUCGGGUUUCAGCUCACACUCAUGGACGCCAACAGAUACUGGUCAGUGGACGGCUUGAGGAGAGCCGCCAUAAGAAACGCACACGUGCCGCUGUGGAACUACACCUUGUUGAGGACGCAGAUAUUUAUAGUCUACUUCAUCGCUGGAAUUAAGAAGCUGGAUGCUGAUUGGAUGGAGGGCUACUCCAUGUCCUACUUGGCGCAUCAUUGGCUGUUUGAUCCCUUCAGGAUGAUUCUUCCCGUGGAGUUAAUCAGUCUGCUGGUGGUCCACGGCGGCGGUCUAAUUCUGGACCUGAGCGCCGGCUUCCUGCUCUUUUUUGACGCCACAAGACCUUACGUGGUUGUCAUGGUCAGCUACUUCCACCUCAUGAACUCUCAGCUCUUCAGCAUCGGCAUGUUCCCCUACGCCAUGCUGGCCACCAGUCCGCUCUUCUUCUACGCCGACUGGCCCAGGAGGUUCUUCGGCCGCUUCCCGGCGUUCCUCAGGGGCGUCCUCCCGUACACGACGCCCGACCCCCAGCCCAGCUCUUCCUGCAUUUACAAGGAAGCUGGACGGCAGCAGGGUGUCGCCAAGUCUUCCAAGACGAGGUUCAAACACAAACUGGCAGCCUUCUUUGCUGUGGUCUACGUGCUUGAGCAGUUCUUCCUGCCGUACUCCCACUUCAUCACUAAGGGUUACAACAACUGGACCAACGGCUUGUACGGCUACUCCUGGGACAUGAUGGUGCACUCGCGCAGCCACCAGCACGUGAAGAUCACCUACAAGGACGGCCAAACCGGGGAUAUUGGAUACCUCAACCCGGGGGUGUUCACUCACAGUCGGCGCUGGAAGGACCACGGCGACAUGCUGAAGCAGUACGCCACCUGCCUCAGUGACCUGCUGCCUCGCUACAACAUCUCCGACCCUGAAAUCUACUUCGACAUCUGGGUGUCCAUCAAUGAACGUUUCCAGCAAAGGAUAUUCGACCCCCGCGUGGACGUCGUGAAGGCCGACUGGUCUCCAUUCCGACCAAACCCGUGGCUGAUGCCCCUGCUGGUGGAUCUCUCGCCCUGGAGGACAAAGUUCCAGGAGAUAGAGAGCUCUUUGGACAAUCAGACAGAGAUUGUCUUUAUCGCAGAUUUUCCAGGCCUCCACUUGGAGAACUUUGUGAGCGAAGAUCUGGGCAACACCAGCAUCCACCUGCUGCAGGGCAGCGUGAAGGUGGAGGUGGUGGAGGAGAAGAAGAACUACACGAUGCAAGCCGGGGAGAAGAUGACGGUUCCCGCCGGAGCUUACCAUAGAGUGUAUACAGUGUCCCAGGGGCCGUCUUGCUACAUGUACAUCUACGUCAACACCACGGAGGCGGCGCUGCAGCAGAACUUCACCAAGCUGUUGGACCUCCAGGAGCGUAUUCGGAACGGGACAGAGACGGAGCCUCUCCCACCCGAGCUGCAGCCUCUCCUGUCGGCGGACAACGAGGACGGGUCCGAGGUGGACGCCACUGACCCCGUAGUAAAGCUCUUCCUGAAGAGGCAGCGGCGCCUGAAGGAGGUGAAGAGGCGGCGGGAGGCCGGCAUGCUGGAGCGCCUGCAGCGCUUUGCCGUGAAGAAGUACUACAGCAUACGGCGAGGAUUCUUGAUGACGGCCAUCGCCAUGAGGAACCUGGCAGUGGGUUUGCCGCCGCUGGAUCAGCUGACGCAGGAAGUGGCAUUCGCCAACAUGAAAGAACCGGAAGCGGAGGACAACCGGGGGGCGGAGCAGCUCAAAGAUGAAGUGGGUCACGGAGAACUCUAGAGAGACGUCAUGUUGCUACGACUGGACUGUUACGGUACGGAGGGGAUUUACAUGGUCCCAUUCCAAGGAAGGGGGUGUUAAUCAUUUUGCAAUGCAGUCUGCCGAAAAUGACGGAAAGCGCCACUGGACAAAGCAAAUCACGCCAUGGUCAAAUUCAUAUUCAUAUGAUAUUCAACACUCUACUAUCAUCUGGUGGCUAAAGUGGAUAGUGUAACCCCCAAUUUGUCACGUUUCAUGUGUCAGGUAAACCGUGACGAAUGAGGCCAUAUGAAUCCCCUUCCUACUGUGCUACGACAGGGAGGGGAUACAUGUCUCUAAAAUGUUUGCCAUUUCAGAUUAUUUCCAAAUACAAAGGCAGUAUUUUGUCACGUGUGCAAGCUAACUAAGCUAAUGUGACAACGAGCAGGAAUUUUUGCCUAUUUUACUUUGACUGAAAAUGUACACAUUCAAUGCUUAGUGAUUAUGUUAAUGCCAUUUUAUUGUUGGGAAAUUAUUACGUUGAAUUAGCAGUUUGAAAAUUACGCACAAUUUUUCCUCAAAGAUUGGCCUCGAAUUGUAAUAUUAAAAAAAUUAAAAAAUAAUUCACAAUCAACAAAUAAUCCUUAACAUAGUAUUAAAAUAUGUGUCAGAAUAAUUGUAUCUAAGUUAUCACAAACCUUUGUGUUUCAAUGAGUUCCCGGCGAGCAGACAAAAGCUGUCUGUGAUCUUACCAAUCAAAAGGCUUGUAAAAACUCCACUGUGUAGGAUGGGCAGCGACAUGAAGGUGUCGGUUUCUUUGAUGUAUUGUAAUCCACAGGAAGAUUUUGUCUUGACCCGAGAUCUACAAAGCGGAGAGGAGGCACCUUUUUUUUGAACUGUUUAGUGACCGAGGGCAACGGCUGUUUACGACCUUUUCUUUGAACUGUUUUGUAACCAAAGGUGGCGGCGGUUUACGACCCCCGUCCCUUUAAAAACAGCUGUUGCCAUGUAAUCAGGGAAAGUCCAAAAUAAAAGAGGCGGCGUACAAUCUUUCGUCAGAGCGUGGGACGACACUGUACAAGGGUACCGUGUCUACACGUUUCUCUUCAAUUGAGCUAAAUUUAA